UUGUUCAUAAUCUAGAGAAGAUAAUUUCUUCGAAUUACUACUUGUGAUCCGUUUUCUAAGUUUCUCGUCUAUUAUUAUUCUGAAUUCCGCCUUCAUAGUAAUAGCUACCAAGGUAUAGAGAUCAUAUGUAUCAGCUGGCGUUCGAGGUGGAGUUAGUGUCGCACCCAUUACCUCAGGUAGAGCGGGGUUCUAGGUGGGCAAGGCAGCGCUCAAGGUGGAGUUAGUGGACGUCUCCCAUUAACUCAACGGUGGAGUAAGGUCUCAGGGCGUGUAGUGACAAUAAUCUUGUUCGAUGGGUAGCACAUAUGGACAAUAAUCAUAUGGUGGAGUAUGAUUGGAUUGGUGAGGUGGUUUAAUCUCGCCAAGGUGGAGAUUGUUGGAGUAUGUGGCGCGAUAUAAACCACAUAUAUAUAGAUAGGAUAGUCCCACAUGGAAUAAGAGGAGUACAUGUGGUGCCUAAUAAGCUUGGGCAUCUCCUUACAUAGCACUGAGGCCUUUUAGAUUAAAACACCACACCUGCUACAAUAGGUGGUCAAGUUAGGGAUAAUAUUGGUGUUAUGUAGUCGGGCUCAGGAAUAGGGUCCGGCGGUCCGUGAAGAUCGGACAAUUUGUCGAGAAAUAAUCUACAAGCGCCCCUCAUCUUUUUUCCUUUUCAAAUAAACUUUUAACCUUUUUAAGUCGAAAAAAACAGCAAUGACAGUGGGUACAGAUUAGGCAGGGAAAAUAGCGACUUUGAAACUUUGAUGAGGCAGAAGUUGUUAAGUUCCAUUUUCAAACUUUACUUUUUCAAUUUCCUUUUUCUAAUCACCUGUUUUAUUUACCUUGUUGAUUUCCUUUUCCUAGUCUUGUUUCCUUUUCCUAGUCCGAUUUUCUUUUCCCGGUCCUGUUUCCUUUUCUAGUCCUUACUGAAGCCUAUAUAAGAAGAAGGCCUGCCUAGGAUCGUAGAGAAACAUAUACAGUACUAUUUUCUUAGUUAUUACUCUCGUUUUGCUUUUCCUUCCGUUAGUAUCUAUAAUUGCUUUGCCGAUCAGAAAAAUAUAUAUCUAUAAUAAUUGCAAUUAAGGGUUAUAAUAUAUCUGAGAAAUCUCAAGUGUUCAGAAAUUAAUUAGUUAUGGGGAGCUUUAAGCACGAUCGAGAUGGGAAAGAAAAGAAUACUGGGAAGAAGUUGGGCAGGAGUGCAGGUGUUUAUAUUCCUCCGUUUAAGUUGGUUAGAAUGAUGAGAGAUGUGGAAGAUAAGAGCAAUCCUGAAUACCAAAGGUUGACAUGGGAUGCAUUGCGUAAAUCUAUCAAUGGACUUGUGAAUAAAGUGAAUGCGAUGAAUAUCAAAAAUAUUAUUCCUGAAUUGUUUGCUGAGAAUCUUAUUAGAGGAAGAGGUUUGUUCUGUAGAGCAUGUAUCAAGUCUCAAAUGGCUUCACCGGGUUUCACUGAUGUUUUCGCAGCAUUGUCUGCUGUGAUUAACACAAAGUUUCCUGAAGUGGGUGAAUUGCUUUUGAGGAGGAUUCUGUUGCAGUUGAAAAGAGCUUAUAGGAGGAAUGAUAAGCCACAGUUACUUGCUGCCACCAAGUUUAUAGCUCAUCUUGUUAACCAGCAAGUUGCUCACGAGAUUAUUGCUUUGGAGCUUCUUACUGUACUGCUAGAGAAACCCACGGAUGAUAGUGUUGAGGUUGCGGUCGGGUUUGUUACAGAAUGCGGUUCGCUUCUUCAGGAUCUUACACCCAAGGGUCUCCAUGGUAUCUUCGAGCGGUUUCGUGGAAUACUUCAUGAAGGGUUGAUAGAUAAAAGGGUUCAGUUUUUAAUCGAAGGCCUCUUUGCAAUUAGAAAAUCGAAAUUUCAGGGACACCCCGCUGUCCGACCUGAGUUGGAUCUUGUGGAACAAGAAGAUCAGUUUACUCACGAAAUAUCUCUUGAUGAUGAGAUAGAUCCUGAUACUUCUCUGGAUAUUUUCAAGGUGGAUGCGCAGUUUAUUAUGAAUGAAAAACGUUACGAAGAUCUGAAGCGCAGCAUACUUGGUGAUGAUGAGCCAUCUGAUGAAGAGGAAGUCUAUGAUUCAGCCUCUGCUGAUGAAGAAUCUGACCAGUACGAGGAGCAAAUGAAGAUACAGGAUGAAACAGAGACCAAUCUUGUGAAUUUAAGGAGGGCAAUAUAUCUCACUAUCAUGUCUAGUUUAGAUUUUGAGGAAGCUGGUCACCAACUGCUUAAAAUCAAGCUUGAGCCAGGUCAAGAGAUGGAACUGUGCAUAAUGCUGCUGGAGUGCUGCAGUCAGGAGAGAACCUAUCUUCGGUAUUAUGGUCUCUUAGCGCAGCGCUUUUGCAUGAUCAACAGAAUCUAUCAGGAGAACUUUGAAAAGUGUUUUGUCCAGCAGUAUUCCAUGAUUCAUAGGCUCGAAACUAAUAAGCUCCGCAAUGUCGCCAGAUUUUUUGCACAUUUACUUGGUACAGAUGCUUUACCUUGGCAUGUUUUGGCUUAUGUUCGCUUGACAGAGGAGGAUACAACUUCGUCUUCACGUAUCUUCAUAAAAAUACUAUUCCAGGAAUUGUCUGAGCACCUUGGUAUAAAGUUGUUGAAUGAGCGGCCUAGUGAACCCACUAUGCAGGACUCAUUUCGGUCCAUCUAUCCUAGGGAUAAUCCUAAAAACACAAGAUUCUCUAUUAACUUCUUCACAUCAAUAGGGCUUGGCGGUAUCACAGAGAAGUUACGUGCAGACCUGCUUAUUAUGCAACAACAAGAAAAACAAGUUCCGGUAUUUGAAGGAGAAUCCGAAUCCGAGUCGUCAAGCUCGGAGAGUGAAAUGGAUAUGGAACAAAGCUGCAACAAGAGACGAAGGAGGUAUUAGAAGAAGAUGAGGGUCUAGAGACCUCCCAUACUCCGGUUACAAUAUUCCUUAUUGUACUUUUUGCUGCCUUAUCAGAGCAUCCUGUAUGGAUGUUUAUCCUAUGAUGUUAAUAACAUAGAAUACAAAUAAAUAAAA